AUGCAUGGCCAUAGUGAAGCCCAGAAGUACCGGUUGAAGGUAACGGCAGGAGCAGAGUACGACCCAGCCACGCACCAAGUAGUCCCCGUCAACGGCGAGACUCUCCGCAUCGACAACGAGCACGCAACAGUGAGCCUCUGCGUCCGGAUCAAUAACUACACCGGUAUGUCCAUUUUGUUCAGUUAUCAAACCAACAUUCAUAACAAAAACAGGAUACCCAGACAACGCCCCCCAACAAGCAACUAUUUCGAACACCCAAUGCACACAAAGGACCAAUACUCGAUCUCCUUCUCGAUAAUCUUCAAAGAAACCGUGAAUGGCAACAACCUCCUGUUCGGAAAUGACUUCGACCAUCCAAUCCGCGAUAGACUCCCGCCAGGCUUCAACGCCGCACUGCGCAUGGUGAAGUGGACGCUGGACCCUGCCAUCGAGGGUGAUGCAUACGCCGAUAAACCUUAUCUGUUCAGUCCUGCGCUGGCCACAUGGAACCAAUUUCGCGUUGGGAGCAAGAUCCAGAAGUCAGAUGAAGUGCCGAAGAUGCAUGAUACGGUUGUUGAAGAGGGCGGCGAUAGUGACGGGGUCCAGGUCCGGGAGAAGUUCAAGAUCCCGGACUCGGCUGAUGGGCGCAGGCAUCAUUUUCAGAAUGAGAGUAAUAGGAAGGAGUUUGAUUUCGAGCCUGGGAGAAUGUAUCUUUCAGAUUUUGGGAAUCCGUAUUUGGUGUUCAAUGAUUUUUCACUUCGUCUACCUGGGUUCACGUUGCACGCUAUGAACUAUGUUGAUGAGAAGAACCAUGAUCUACGGUACGUUUUAAAGGACACUAGCACGGACCGGGUGUAUCUUGUUGUGCUCUUCACUCUCGUUCUUCAAGGCACGGAUCAGGAGCCAGAGCAUAAAGGGGACGUUGACAAGGGUUUGCUUGAAGUUAAGACGAAAACGCAGGAGAGUAAUGGCAGUUUGGGGAAAUUCGAUUGGGAUUCAGAGUCAAUGCCGGAUGGGGAGCGAUCUACCUGA